AUUCGUUUCGAUAUUUUUGCACGGAACACAACACACAUUUCAAUGCUCGUCGCGCGCGCCAAUACUCAUACACAUACACACAUAUACAUCGAGAGUAUACCAAAAAAAAAGAUUGGUUGGACAGAACAAGCUGUAAGUUUAGUGAGAGAGGAAUAAAAAACGGCAAGUUCUUUUACGUUUAAUAUUUUGUACGGAGAACAAUGGCGGCAGAGCAAACUGAUUUCAGUCAAAUAUUAAAUUCAUUACUUUCGGUUGACAAUGCGCUCAGAGCUAGUGCUGAGGAGCAAUACAACAAUCUUCCAGUUGACGUCAAGGUGACUCAAUUGUUGACUGCAUUGCAUACGAACACCUUAAAAGAUGAUGUACGGCAUAUGGCCGCAGUCAUACUUCGACGACUAUUUUCAUCGGAAUUUCAAGAAUUUUACACAGCCUUACCGGUUGAGCAGCAAGCUCAAUUUCGUCAACAAAUUUUAUUAGCCGUGCAACAAGAUGUGAAUCCAGAACUUCGGCGUAAAAUUUGUGAAGUAGUUGCCGAAGUAUCACGGAAUUUAAUCGACGAUGAUGGAAACAAUCAAUGGACGGAAAUUUUGAGCUUUAUGUUUCAAUGCGCCAAUUCGCCAAAUGUUCAAUUACAAGAGUCAGCAUUGCGCAUUUUCACCGGCGUACCAGGCAUUUUCGGCAAUUUGGAAUCACAAUACAUGGAAUUAAUCAAACAAAUGCUUCAAAAAUCAAUGGAUCCAAGCUCAAGUCCCGAGGUUCAAUUUCAGGCCGUUUGUGCGGUCGGCGCAUUUAUCAAUCGUCACGCAAAAGACAACGAUGUAUUAAAACAUUUUGCCGAUUUAUUGACACGUAUUAUUUUCAUCACCGCUGAAAGUAUAAAGGCUGAAGAUGAUCAAACAUUGUUGAAAUUAUUGAUUGAAUUGGCCGAAAAUUGUCCGAAAUUUUUGCGCUCACAAAUCGAAUUCAUCUUUGAUAUGUGCAUUAAAGUAUUUAGCAAUCCAGAAGUUGAGGAUUCAUGGCGACAUUUAGCACUCGAAGUCAUCGUUUCAUUUUCGGAAAAUGCACCGGCAAUGGUACGCAAACAUGCCGGCAAAUAUAUCGAAGUAUUGAUUCCGGCUGUUUUGGCAAUGAUGACCGACAUUGAACACGACGAUAACUGGGCAGUCUCAGAUGAAAUUACCGAAGAAGACAACAGCGAUAACAAUUGUAUGGCCGAAUCGGCAUUGGAUCGCUUGGCCUGUGGUUUGGGUGGAAAGAUUGUGUUGCCACACAUCAUUAAGAUCAUUCCACAGAUGCUUAGUCAUACCGAUUGGAAACAACGUUAUGCUGCAUUGAUGGCCAUUUCGGCCGUUGGCGAAGGUUCACACAAACAAAUGGAACUUAUGUUAGAUGAUAUUAUGCGUGGUGUUUUGAAUUAUUUGGCCGAUCCACAUCCGCGUGUACGUUACGCUGCAUGUAACGCAAUCGGACAAAUGUCAACCGAUUUUGCGCCAACAUUCGAAAGAAAAUUCCACGAACAAGUCGUUCCUGGUUUGUUGAAUUUGCUCGGUGAUGUGGCCAAUCCACGGGUUCAAGCUCAUGCUGGUGCAGCAUUGGUCAAUUUUAGCGAAGAUUGUCCGAAAGUCAUUCUCACCAAAUACUUGGACGAUAUCAUGAAAAAAUUGGAAGGAAUUUUGAACGAUAAAUUCAAACAACUGGUAGAAACAGGAACUAAGCUCGUUUUAGAACAGAUUGUAACGACAAUUGCAUCCGUCGCCGAUACAGUUGAAAAAGAUUUUAUUCCAUAUUACGACCGCUUUAUGCCGUGUCUCAAAUAUAUCAUUGAGCAUGGUACAAGUGAAGAAUUGCGAAUGUUGCGCGGCAAAACAAUCGAAUGCGUUAGUUUAAUUGGUUUAUCGGUUGGCCGGGACGUAUUUUUGAAUGACGCAAAUGCCGUCAUGGAAUUGCUUUUGAAAACACACACCGAAGGUGAACUGGCUGACGAUGAUCCGCAAACAUCGUAUUUGAUCAGCGCCUGGGCACGUAUGUGCAAAAUUUUGGGCAAACAAUUCGAACAAUAUUUGCCAUUAGUAAUGGGUCCCGUGAUGCGAACGGCCGCCCUCAAGCCAAAUGUUACAAUGCUCGACAACGAUGAAAUCGAAGAUAUUGAAAACGAUGCUGACUGGUCUUAUAUAAAUUUAGGCGAACAACAAAACUUUGCCAUCCGAACAGCCGGCAUGGACGAUAAAGCGUGCGCCUGCGAAAUGUUGGUGUGUUAUGCACGCGAAUUGAAAGACGGUUUUGCUGAAUAUGCCGAAGAAGUUGUACGCUUGAUGGUGCCAAUGUUAAAAUUCUAUUUCCACGAUGGCGUUCGUUCUGCUGCCGCCGAAUCGAUUCCAUAUCUAUUGGAUUGCGCCAAAAUCAAAGGACCUCAAUAUUUGGAAGGAAUGUGGUUGUAUAUAUGCCCAGAAUUAUUGAAGGCUAUCGAUUCAGAGCCAGAAAUCGAUGUGCUGGCCGAAUUACUUCAUUCGUUGGCGCGCAGCAUUGAAACACUUGGACCAAAUUGUUUGUCACCCGAGGCAAUGGAAAAUGUACUGAAGGUUAUACAAAAAUUCAUGGGCGAACAUUUUGAGCGCGAAGAGAAGAGAGCAUUGGCACGUACCGAAGAGGAUUAUGACGAUGGUGUUGAGGAGCAGUUGGCUGAAGAGGAUGACAAUGAUAUUUUGGUAUUAUCGAAAAUUGCCGAUAUCAUUCAUGCAUUGUUCAAGACAUAUACAACCAAUUUCCUACCGUUCUUCGAUCGUGUCGCACAAAGUUUUGUUAAAUUAUUGGAUCCAAGUGGACCAUGGGCAGACCGGCAAUGGGGAUUAUGCAUAUUUGAUGAAGUUAUUGAAUUCUGUGGACCACUUUGCGCCCAAUAUCAACACAUUUUCCUGCAACCACUGUUGGAAUACACCAAAGAUAAAAGCCCAGAGGUUAGACAAGCGGCAACAUACGGUUGCGGUGUUUUAGCUCAGUUUGGUGGUGAUCAAUUCGCUGUACCUUGCGCUCAAUGUGUUCCAACUUUGGCUGAAAUUGUCAACGCACCACAAAGCCGAGAACCAGAAAAUAUAAAUCCAACAGAGAAUGCCAUAUCGGCCAUUACGAAAAUCUUGAAAUACAAUAACUCGGCAUUAACAAAUCUUGACGAACUGAUUCAUUUGUGGUUCAAUUGGUUGCCAGUCAUAGUAGAUGAAGAAGAAGCACCGCACGUAUACGGAUACUUAUGCGAUCUGAUUCAAGCCAACCAUCCCAUCAUUUUAGGUGCAAACAAUUCAAAUUUGCCACGCAUUGUGGCUAUUAUAGCCGAAGCAUACUUUAAUGAGGUAAUCGAAGCAACUCACGCGGUUGGGCGUCGUAUGUUGGAAAUUGUCAAACAAGUUGAACAGAGUCCGGAUGUAUUCCAAGCCUGUUUGAAUAGUCUGUCGGCUGACCAGAAAAAAGCAUUGGAAGAUGCUUAUCGAGAAUUAGCGGCGUCUGUUGCUGCUGUUUCAGCUUAAACACUCUCCUCCUGCCCCGAUCAUCACCUUUGACAACGGUUUUUGUUAAACUUAUUUAAGAAAGAAAUUCAUAUUUUUUAUUGAGUAAAUCUAUUGAAAAAAAAAGAACCUGAGAGAAUAUUGUGUGGUCCUCUGUGGAUUGAAUACACUGGAGAAUCUAUUAAUAUGUAUAUCUGCUUCGAAUUCAAUUUUUAAAUGCAUUCGCAGUGAACUGAUUCAUUUUUUUUCUUUUCGAAAUGUCUUGUAAUUUUUCAUUGAUUAUUAUUAUUAAUAUUAAUUUGCCACACAAAUAAUACCAUUCUUUCCGCCAAAUUUGGCGCAAUAAUGACGUCCAAUUUCUUUUAAGAAACUAAAACAUCCACAUCAAUUUCGGAUGAGAUUUUAAUUCAAAUCAAUUUAUGUUUAUUUACAUAUUUUUUCAAAUUCUAAAGAUAGACGAAAACUAACAAAAACCACAUUUGAAAUCAAGUAAAUUAGAACACUCUAGAAACAUAUUUUUUUCUCAAUUGAUUCAUUGAAACAAACAAAAUGUAACAAAAACCACAAUGAAAAAUUACGAAAAAUUC